AGCAUAAAAAGCCCGGCUCCCUGAUCAGGCAAGACCGCCCCACUCGCUGUGAAUUGAAACAGAGGCAAACGCACAGAGAUUUCCAUGGUCGCCGGCAAGGUGAAGGCCGCCAUGGGGUUCCACCGAAGCCCCGCCACGCCCAAGGCCGAGGCUACUUGCAGGUCCUCCUCGACCUCUGCUUCCCGGAAGCCGUCUCCGGGGACCACGGGGCAUCGUGCACCGCCGACUCCGCUUCCUUCUUUCAACCCCAAAACUGCUGCCGCAUUUGCUCGAUCCUUCGGCGUUUACUUCCCACGCACCAACGCCCAGGUGCAGCCCCGUCCGCCUGAGGUCGCCGAGCUGCUCCGCCUCGUGGAGGAACUACAGGAGAAGGAGUCGCUCCUCCGGACCCAGCUCUUGGAGCAGAAGCUCCUCCAAGAGACGGUCGCUAUCGUACCCUUCCUCGAGAAGGAGAUCGCCGACAAGACCGACGAGCUCUCUCAGACCCACGACCGGAUUGGGCGUCUAGAGGUGGAGAAUUGUGCGCUGCGCGACGAGGUCGCGGGCUUGAGCUCUAAGUUGCGGAGCAGCGAAGAGGAGAGCAAGCGUAGGGAGAAGAAGAUUGCGGAGUUAGAAGCCGAGUCGGACAAGCUGAGGAAGGCUGCUCUAGAGCAGAGCCAUCGUGAGUCACGGGCUUUGGCGGAAGGAGUGGUCGAGGAUUGCUCGUCGUCUCAGCAGUUCCAAGGGCUUAUUGACGCCUCCGCGAGGUCGAAUCUCCUCAGGAGCUUGCGAAAAGCCCCCAAAUGCGUAGACACUGUCGGCCCAAAUCAAGACGCCCAAACCUCCAAGAGAGGAGAUGCGAAGGCGGAUGAAGCGGAAACCCAAGGGGCGCAUCAGCAACCUCGCGGCCUUGACAAAGACGACGUCUUGAAGCCCCGAAUUGCUCGAGUUCCAAAACCCCCUCCUAUGCCGAACAACGUCUCCACCUCGUCUUCUUCGUCUUUCCUCUCAGAGACUCCAUUUGGUGGGACGAUGAGCAAAUCCGUCAAAUUAGCAGGACUUCCGCCGAUUCCACCUGCGGCUCCACCCGCGGGCCCUUCUCCUAAUGACGGAGGCCGGCUGCUUCCACCUCCCCCUCCGCCCCCGCCGCCGUCGAGGGGGUUCAGACCGGCGUCGACAUGCGUGAAGCGAGUGCCGGAGGUGGUGGAAUUCUACCAUUCCUUGAUGCGGCGAGAUACCAAGAAGGAAUCGAGCGGAGGGGGCCCUGAAGCAGCCACCAUUUCCGUCGCUUCAAAUACACGCAACAUGAUCGGCGAAAUCGAAAACCGUUCCGCCCACCUCCUUGCUAUAAAGACGGACGUGGAGACGCAAGGCGAAUUCAUUAGGUUCUUAAUCAGAGAAGUGGAACACGCGGUCUUCAACAAUAUCGAAGACGUCGUCGCCUUCGUCAAAUGGCUCGAUGACGAGCUCGCCUUCCUCGUGGACGAGAGAGCAGUGUUGAAGCACUUCGAGUGGCCGGAGCAGAAAGCGGACGCGAUGCGCGAAGCAGCCUUCGGUUACUGCGACCUCAAAAAGUUAGAGUCCGAGGCGUCGUCUUUUCGCGACGAUAGUCGCCAGCCAUACGCUUGCGCUCUAAAGAAGAUGCAGGCGCUCCUGGAAAAGUUGGAGCAAGCAGUCUACGACCUAUCACGUGUUCGAGAGAAUGCGACAAAGAGAUACAAGGGGUUUGGCAUUCCUUGUGAAUGGAUGCAGGACUGCGGAUACUUUAGUCAGAUCAAGUUAGCAUCAGUGAAGUUGGCAAUGAAAUACAUGAAGAGGGUUUCCACUGAACUGGAGAUUAUAGCAGGUAGUCCCGACGAAGAAGAGCUGAUGCUGCAGGGUGUGCGUUUUGCUUUCAGAGUGCACCAGUUUGCUAGCGGUUUUGAUGUCGAAACAAUGAGAGCGUUUCAGGAACUCAAGGACAAAGCUAACACCCUACACCUACAACGCCAGAAUCAAAACCAGCAGGUCUUCUGCAGGUCUACAUCUUGCCAAGAUUUGCAGCCAAGCGACCAGUUCUGUAAAGUAGGUUCCAUUUGAUUGAUACAUAAGCGAUUCUAUUUACAUCACUGGAAACUUUACAUUACAAUAGUGAAGCCCGAAUUAUUUCAAACUA